AUGUACAAACCAAACAAUAGCCAACAACCUUUGGGAUUUGAGGUUGACAAUCAGAGCAAGCUAAGAAACGAAGAUGAACAAGAACGAAUCAAAACAUUUUUAAAUAAUCGUUUGAAUGAAAGUUUUGAUGGUCAUGGAUUGUUUAAUAGAAAUUUUGAUACUCCGUCACCAUUUACAAGAGAACAACCUCAUCAUCAUCAGGGAAGUGCAUUGACAUCCUUGUUGAAGCAUCAAUUGAAACAAUCAACAAUGGAGACAAGGCCUACUACAAUGAAUGAAAUUCUAAAGAUGGUCAUGAUGGCAGGUCCUCUUCCCUCAUCCACUCUUGGAUUACAACAGCAGAAGGAUUCGGUAAUGAUUGAUAAGUUGGGAAGUUAUGCUGGCAUGAUUAAUACUCAAUCAUCACACGAUCCACAAGUUAUUUCAGAUUUCAAUGAUCUGAAAUCUAGAAGCCAAGUGUUGGAGAGGGAAAUGAAACAAAUUACUGAAAUGUCAUCGAGUCAAGAUAGAUGUUCUCUUAAAGAAUCUGUGCUUUCUGUAUUGUAUCAAAUAAUAGAUGAAGUACUUUCGGAUACAACCUCCUCUUUGCCACUCUGUUGGUCAACGAGCAAUUCUAACAAGGGUGAAAGUGCUGAACAACUCAUCAAGACACUCAGUCUUAAAUGGAAGAAUGACUAUCAACAAUAUUCCUCUAAUAAUUCCAUGCAACAACAUCUUUACCAAUAUCUUUCCAAACAUAGUUUUUUAACGAAUCAAGAACUGAUAGAUUUAAUGGUCAAUAGCCACAACCUGUUGGAUACUGAUAGCAGUAUCAAAACAUCUGAUUCUCAAACCCUGAACAACAGCACAUCCCAAAACAUUCUCCAAAUGGAAACCACCAACAUGACAACAGAAGAGGAAAUUUAUUCCCUCUUUCCUUCCGCUGAGGAUUUUGAUAUGGUAUUCAAAUCGUUGGGAGAGUCUAGCAAUGCUCCAUUGAUUAUUUCACUUGAUAAUUCCAUGGAUGAUAUUAAGAUCACUAGCUCUGCUGGUGACUCAGUUGCCUCCUCAAGGUCGAAUAAUUCAUCUCCACUUGGAACUCCUAAUAACAUUACUACUGACACAAUUGCAAACAACAAUAGUCCUCCUUCCUUCGAAAAUCCUUCCUCCACCAAACAACUAAUUGUAAAAAAGACAUCUCCAACAAGCUCCAAAACCACCUCCAAAUCAUCCAAUGUAGAUAAGAAUCAACUCUUUGGUUCCUUCCUGUUAAAAACCAGUUCUAGUUUUGAUACAACCAAGAUUUCAAAGACUAGAAAAUCUUCGAAAAGUGCUCCAGCCCAACUUGUUGAUAAACAAAAACUAGAAGUAGAUUUUAGUCGAGGUUUUCUCAAUUGGAACUGGAAAGAGCAACCAAAACGAUCCAACCAUCACGAACCAGAAAUUAUGUAAAUUAUUAAAUUAUUAAAU